AACGAUCUGAUAAAUUCAUAAAAGAGAGAUAGAUUCAUCCCUCUCCUAGUUUCUUCAACUAGCAUUCAUCUCAACUUUUUGACUCUCUUGAGUAGAGAUCUAUGGCUGAAUUUCUUACUUUUGGUGCUCAGGAAUUGCUGAAGAAAGUAGCUUCACUUGCCGCUCAAGAGUUCGAUCUUGUAUGGGGAUUCAAUGGAGAAAUAACAAAGCUGCGUGAGUCGGUGCUCAUGCUUGAGGCUGUGCUACGAGAUGCCGAACAUCCGCGACAAGAUCAGGGAGAGGCUGUGAAGCUCUGGGUGAAGAAGCUUGAAGACAUAGCUCAGCAUGCCGAUGAUGUGCUGGAUGAUUAUGGAUAUGAGCUUCUCCGGCGUAAGGUGCAACUGCGAAAUCAGAUGAAGAAAAAGGUGCAGAACUUUUUUUCCCUCUCCAAUCCAACCUUUUUUCGUGUUAAAAUGGCACAUAAAAUUAAGAAAAUCAACACAUCUUUGGGUGAGUUGAAUAAGAAGGCAAGUACUAUUGGCUUAGUUGCUAGACUAUCCUUAGAUGCAACAACUUCCCAUGGUAUAAGCAUUGACAGGGAAACCUACUCUAUCUUAAAACAAGAUGAAAACAAUAUCAUUGGAAGGGACAAUGUUGUGGCAGAUAUAGUUCAAGCCCUGACCAAAUCAAACCACAAUCUGGAAAGUGAUCUCUCCGUUCUGGCCAUUGUGGGUAUGGGAGGGCUUGGGAAGACAACUUUGGCUAAAUCAAUAUAUCACAAAUCUGAGAUAAGUAGGCACUUUGAGAAAAAGAUGUGGAUAUGUGUAUCUAACCCUUUCGAAGUCAAUUCAAUUCUGAGAGGGAUCCUGGAAUAUGUUAAACCAGAAAAUGCUGCGGUGAAAGGUAUAGAUGCAAUAUGUAAUAUUCUCCGAGAAGAGUUGAAAGGAAAGAGAUACCUUCUUAUACUUGAUGAUGUAUGGAAUGAAGAUGCUGAAAAAUGGAAUGAUUUGAAGAGUUGUUUGCUAAGAAUUACCGAUGCCCAAGGAAGUAGCAUUGUUGUCACUACUCGCAGUGACAAAGUUGCAAAAACGGUGGAGACCCUUCCUAGGUGUAAUUUGAGAAAACUAUCAGAUGAUGAGUGUUGGCUUAUAUUGAAGAAUAGAGCAGUUCUUGUCGGAAGUGUUCCUAUACUUGAAGAUCAAGAGACAAUUGGAAGGGAGAUUGCCAAAAAGUGUGGAGGUGUACCAUUAGUGGCAAAGGUAUUAGGAAACAUUAUGCGCUCUAAAACGAGCAAUGAAUGGAGUUCAAUUAUGGAAAGUAAAAUAUGGGAUUUGCCGGAAGAAGAAGAAAGAAUCAUGUCAAUUUUAAAGUUGAGUUUUGAUGAAUUGAAAUUUUCAUCAUUGAAACAAUGUUUUGCAUAUUGCUCGAAAUUCAUCAAAGACUCUGUAAUGGAAAAGGAUGACCUAGUCCAACUUUGGAUGGCUCAAGGAUGGCUUCACCCCACGAAAAGUAAUAUGGAGAUGGAGGAUAGAGGGAACGAAUAUUUCAACAUUUUAUCAGAAAGAUCCCUUUUUGAAGACGUUAGAACGGAUUAUUAUGGUAAUACAAGAUGCACGAUCUUGUGCAUGACCUUGCAGAACGAGUGUCAAACAUGGCAAACUGCCGCUCACUAUUUUCAAAGGGAGAAGCACUUGGGAACACCUUGCCUAACUUUAGAUCUUUGCGUGUGUUAAAUUUAUACAAGGCAGACAUUGACAAGUUGCCGAGUUCAGUUGGAAAGUUGACACACUUGAGGUAUCUGAAUGUUAUGAAAACAAAUGUGAAAGCAUUUCCAAAAUCUAUUGGUCAACUUUAUUACCUUGA